AUGAUUGGAUCUUGGCCCUUGGGACGUUCCGAGUACCUUAGAGGCGGAGAAACCCAAGGUCUGACUGAGGGCAGACACAAAGCGUAAGUAAAUUCAUCUUUACAACUCCCUCUCAAAAGCCUUCAUCUUUACCUAGGUAGUCACGAAGUUGAGACUCAGACUAAGAUUUCGACGACAGCACAACAUUCGACACUAAUAUCCCACAAAGAAACCCUCAACUUCUACUCCGACAAUUCUACAACUUGA